AUGAAGCUGUUUGGCGUAUCUUUUGGUUUUCCAAUUCAUGAACGGGAUCCAGCAGUUGUUCAGUUAGCCGUUCAUCUUGAAAAUGGUCAGCGUGCAUAUUUCACGAACGAGACAGCGAUUGAUGGUGCUAUAAAUCCACCAAAAUAUACACUCACUGAAUUUUUUGAAUUGUGUAAUCGUGCGGAUGAUUUUGUUGCCUUUGCACGUACUUUACUCUAUUCACAAGUACCACGCUAUUUCACAUGGGCUCAAACAAAACAAUGGAUACCCCGCAAGCAAGGCUCACCAGUUGAUGCAUGCCCCAAUUUAUUCAAAUCAAACGCCUUGGGGCGAGUAUUUACAGUGAAUCCAAGACAGACUGAGUGCUUUUAUCUUCGACUAUUGUUGGUUAAUGUUACUGGCCCAUUGUCAUUUCAAGAUAUACGUAAAGUGAAUGGGCAACAGUAUACAACGUAUAAAGAUGCAUGCCUUGCAAUCGGCUUGCUAGAAGAUGACAAUCAGUGGGAAUGUAUGCGUGCUGAAGCAGCAUUGAACUGUACAGCAAUACAAAUUCGUCUACUAUUCGCUAUAGUGUUGACUACAUGUUUUCCAGCCCGAGCAGAGAUAUUGUGGAAUAAUCACAAAGAUUCAAUGACUGAUGAUAUAUUGCAUCAACAUCGUUCACGGUGUAACGAUCUAGCGAUAAAAUUCAGCGACGAUAUGUACAAUAAAGCAUUGAUUGCUAUUGAGGAUCUUUGCAUUAUCAUUGCCAACUUACCACUCAGUCAUUUCGGUAUGAAUUCGCCUAAUCGAGAUGCAACUGAUUUAAUUAACACUGAAAUGAAUCGUGAAAUGCAGUACAACACUGUAGAAACGGCGGCGAUUGUUACUCGCAAUGUCCCACUAAUGAAUGAAGAACAAAGAACCAUUUACAACCGCAUUAUGCUCGCAGUUUCAACAGGACAAGGUGGGUUCUUCUUUUUAGAUGCACCAGGUGGAACUAAAUAUUCAAAAUAA